AGAUCAUUCAUUCUGUCCUGGCACGCGCUCACCACACUCCCUUCGCUGGUAAAAUAGCACCGCUCACGACGGCGCGUGCGGCUAUACUCUGUGGCCGACUUCUACCUAAACCCUGAAGUCAAUCUCGGUACUGUGUUCAAUUUCUGUGGAAUUCGGAAAAUGAGUCUAAUCGAUGAGAGCUUCGAAUUGAGGGAGAUUCAGAGGCUUGAAGGCCAUACUGAUAGGGUUUGGAGUCUCGCUUGGAAACCUGCUACCGGAAUAGGUGGUGUACCGGCUGUUCUGGCUUCCUGUAGUGGCGAUAAGACCGUCCGAAUCUGGGAACAGAGUCGCUUAACCGGUUCUUUCGAGUGCAAGGCAGUUUUAGAAGAGACACACACUCGCACUGUUAGAUCAUGUGCCUGGUCACCAUCAGGUAAAUUGUUGGCAACUGGAAGUUUUGAUGCCACUACUGCUAUCUGGGACAAGGUUGGCGAUGAUUACGAAUGCGUGUCCACUUUAGAGGGUCAUGAAAAUGAAGUGAAAAGUGUAUCUUGGAAUGCUUCGGGAUCGCUGCUUGCAACUUGUGGCCGAGACAAAUCUGUUUGGAUUUGGGAAGUUUUGCCCGGAAAUGAGUUUGAGUGUGUUUCUGUAUUGCAAGGACAUACCCAAGAUGUUAAAAUGGUCCAGUGGCAUCCAUCUAUGGAUAUUCUGUGUUCAUGUAGCUACGAUAACACCAUUAAGGUUUGGGCAGAGGAUGGUGACAGUGAUGAUUGGCAUUGUGUGCAGACGAUAAAUGAAUCUAGCGAUGGACACUCAUCUACAGUCUGGGCCCUUUCUUUUAAUUCCAGUGGAGACAAAAUGGUUACCUGUAGUGAUGAUCUCACCAUCAAGAUUUGGGGUGCUGAUAUCAUGAAAAUGCAGUCUGGUGAUGGCAUUGCACCUUGGAAACAUAUCUGCACUCUCUCUGGUUAUCAUGAUCGGACAAUUUUUUCAGCGCAUUGGUCAAGGGAAGGAAUAAUUGCUAGUGGAGCAGCUGAUGAUGCUAUACGUCUAUUUGUUCCAGGCGAAAAUGGUUUGAUUGAUGGACCUACCUAUAAAUUGCUUCUGAAGAAGGAUCAGGCGCAUGACAUGGACGUAAAUUCAGUUCAAUGGAGCUCUGCGGAAAACAGGCUACUUGCUUCUGCAAGUGAUGAUGGGACCAUCAAGAUAUGGGAGUUGGCUCCUCCAUCCGGGAAAUAAGCAAUUUUCGUUGUAGUUCCGUUUUAUUGGGAAUCAGUGGAGAUGCUUAUCAGUCAUCUCACAAUGUUGUAGAAAUAUCAUGUAAUUUGUUUGGUGAUGUCAAAGUUUUGAUAUAUUUUCCAAAAUCUUGUUGUAACUUAUAUGGUCCAGCAGAAGUAUAGAUCAUUUUGAAAAUAAUAAAAGUCGGUGCUCAAUUUUAUAUAUUAU